UUAAUGUGGAUGAUCUAAUGUAUAUACACAAUACAUCUAUAUGCCUUCACACUCGCAGAGGCACGUGUCUAUCAUAAGUGUAUAUCUUUUAGGUAGCACUGGAUGAAAUGCUGCCAGGAAACUUUACUUGUCUUCUGCACUUCUAGAUAAGGUUAAAAAUUACCAAUGGUACUGGCUGUGCCUAAAUUUAAAGAUUAUGGGAAAUGGCUAUAGCAAGCUGCCACAUAAAUAACUAGUUGAAAGUGAAAGGAGGAAGGUAGAUUGAACAAGUAGCUUGUGAGAAAGUAUUCAUUUCCAAAAUGCGGCACAGAGAGGUGAAAACAAAGAGAAGUCUGCAUCCUAGACGUUCACUCUGUACAUUAAGUUUAAUGGUGCUAUCAACAGCUUCAUAUGACAGGAAAUGAUCUGGGCGUUUUGUUCACUUAUUCUGGAUGCCCUUAGUUUCAGAGAGCAACUGCUAACAUGGAUUGCACCUCGGAAGGGGACAGCUGAACUCUCCCUCCGGCUUUAGUAAGGAAAGAGCAGCGAUGAAAUCCGUGGACUGUGUGCACGUCAUCCAACAGAAGGAUACCGCCUCCUCUCCCUCUGCCCUCCCUGGUGCUGUUUCAGGCACCACGGGACUUUUUYCUGUCACAUUCCUGUGGCUUGCAAUGCUCCUGUCCUCUUGUCUUGCAGCAGUGUCUCUUUACCAUGUUAUCAUCCUGAAAACAGAGCUAGAAGCUCURCGCAGUGAGCUGAUCUACAGCGUCCAGGCAAGGUCUCCGCGAGACCAGCCACUCGUGUCCCCCGAUGAAAAUAGAGCAGGUACCCCUGUUUCUUCCUUCCUGCAAGUGUCUGAAGCUGCCACCAGGCAGGAGAGCAGGCUUCCUGGUACUGGCCCUGCUGAAAGCUUCCAAAAGGGAAUCUGGAAUGGGAGUAGAAACAGAGGCAGACGGUCUGCUGUCAACACAGAAGAAAAAGUGCUGCAGGCCUGUUUGCAACUGAUUGCUGACAGCAAAAGUGAUAUCCAACAGAAAGAUGAUUCAAGCGUUGUCCCUUGGCUCUUGAGCUUUAAACGUGGAACAGCUCUGGAAGAACAAGGAAAUAAAAUAGUGAUCAAAGAAACAGGUUAUUUUUUCAUAUAUGGCCAGGUUUUAUAUACGGAUACAACAUUUGCUAUGGGACACCUCAUACAGAGGAAGAAGGCUCAUGUGUUUGGUGAUGAUCUCAGCUUGGUGACACUGUUUCGCUGCAUCCAAAAUAUGCCACAGUCUUAUCCAAAUAAUUCUUGCUAUACUGCUGGCAUUGCAAAAUUAGAGGAAGGGGAUGAACUUCAACUUACAAUACCCCGGAGAAGAGCUAAAAUAUCCUUGGAUGGCGAUGGUACUUUUUUUGGUGCAGUAAGACUCUUCUGAAGCCCUCAAUUUCUGUUAUUAUGCUUAAUACUAUUUUCUUCUUUACCUAUGCCUUUGUCAGAAAAAAUAUUGACUUGUAAUAAACCUGCAAGUUCAACCCCUCUCAAUCCACCACAGGCUUCUAAGAACUUUUCUUCUAAGAACUUUUCUUCUAAGAACUUUAAUAAGCAAACCCAAAACAGGAAACAUACCAAAAAUGUUUGUGGUAUAACCACCAUGUGAUUACCAGAAAGCUAAUUUAUUUUAGACAAUAGGAGACUCUAGAUAACAACUAUAAAGCAAUGAGGUUUUGGCUUUGAAACAAUUUGUUGUCCAUAUGGUAAAUCAAAGAAGGAGUUGACCAAAAAUAGCAGCAUGGCCAGGACCACAGACUAUCAAAUUGUCAAUAAAAUACUUGAUAUAUCAAAGUGUGGGGAAGAAACAUUGAACAGUAGAUUCCUCACCACAAAUUGAAUUUGCUAGGUGGGUUCUGAGUUUUGGGGUUAUUUUYCUUUUCCCAAAGAUACUGGGGAAGGAAAAAAUCUAAAUGUCUGGAAUAAUGAAAACAAAUACACAGAAUAGUAGUCACUGUGUUGCUUCUUCUCUGUGAACAAAAAGUAAAAAAAAAAAUACUUAAAUCUAUUAGCAUUUAUUAAAUAGAAUUAAUUUUGCUGGAAAAAGGAUAUAUAAAAUGCUUCAAUGUCUCAAUCUUCAAAGCAUUGCUACUUGUUAAGGAAUAUGUGUACACUUCUAUGUAAACAAGGCUGGCACAGGAAGAAACAGUGAAAUUAGACACAAUACAGUGGUUGGAAUUGGAUUUCUGGCUUCAGAAUUUCUGCAGUCAUAUAUAAAUGUGUAUAUUUAUACAGUAUAUAGAUGUAUCUGUAUAUAUUUGAAAAUGUGUACACACACAUGUUUCUUGGGCAUUUGAGCAUUUUGAGAAAUUUUUCUUCUUUUGAGCAAUUUAUCURAUGGAAAUAUGACUUCGCACAUAUUUUUUGUAUUUCCCUUGCUUCUUGCUAUGAUUCAUUCUAUGCAAUACAGUAAAUAGAAAAAUCCAAGAGAUCUGGAACCAACCAUGCAACUAAGAAAAUACAAUUGUAUUUCAGARGCUUUUUCUGCAGUUUUGAAUACAGUGCUUAACUCUGUUUUACAAAAAUAUUCACAUCUGUAGAAAGACUGAACAGAUGUCCUUUUUUUCCUUUUCUUUUGUCUGGUUGUUUUGUUCAGUAGAUAGCAUUUGUGCCUUUUUUACCCCAAAUAUUGUAUGGUCAAMGGAGAUAUUGUACUUCUCCCUCGAUCUUAAGGAAGCAUUGAAGUGCUAUUGGAAUGGAUAAAAAGUAAAACCCCAAGUAACGAAUUGUACUUAUUUUGAAAAUAUUUUUAGGACCAGAGAAUUUGUUAUAUAAACUCACUAAGUAAAGAAAAGAUGCUCUUUCUA